GCCCCCCCGUCCAAGCUGGGCCGCCGCUCGGAGGCGAAUUUAAAGACGUGCUCGAUUGCAUCAAAUUACACCACAACAGAACGAUCAGCAGGUAGCUGGAUAUUGAGUAUCAUGAGGCUCCCUGGUACAGACUUAUUUAGUGUAACAAGGCUGGCAGGAUGACAACCGUCGAGCCAGCGAAGAGCAGCGGCUUCCAAACCGCCAUGGAUACCCAGAUGAGAAAAAAGAAGCCGGGAAGCAAUCGCGGGCUUACUAGUACAUCCUUUCUGUAGUGAGCCCAUGAUUCGACCAAUAUCGGCCGGCUCCCACGUAAGGCGGUCUUCUCACCCGCCUUGGACCAGGCCAGCAGAGAAAAAGUCUCACAGUCGCAACCACAAGAAACCCCCAAAGCCCUGACUCGACCGGAUAGGCACAAACUCGACAGAGCGGUCAAAGUCACUUGAAGUCGUCCCUAUUUAAAGCCUCCAGCCCCCUCCGUUUUCGGGCGCGGGGUCCAGGUUAGUCUGACUCUCAGACUCCAUAUUGAUGAUAUCUUGGCCCCAUAUUGCUACCCCCACCCGCUAUCAGUCUCCAAACGACCAUGUUUAGACAUAUCCUAACUCCAGUCAUAUUAGCCCUCUCAACUCUUGCAAUGGACUCUUUGAUCGACCUGUCAGACGCCACCUCGGCGCUGGAUCUAAACCGGAUCCGGUUCCAGCUCAUCCGGCUGGAGGACACCAUCACCUUCCAUCUCAUCGAGCGGGUCCAGUUCCCGCUCAACCGGAACAUCUACGUGCCCGGGGCCGUCGAGAUCCCCAACAGCACCCUGAGCUUCAUGGAAUGGUACCUCCGCGAGCAGGAGGCGCUGUCAUCGCGCAUCCGCCGCUACAAGUCGCCCGACGAGUAUCCCUUCUUCCCAGACGCCCUCCAGGAGCCGAUACUGCCGUCGUUGAACUACCCCAAGAUCCUGCAUCCCAAUGACGUCAACGUCAACCCAAAGAUCAAGGAGUUCUACACCGAGAAGUUCCUGCCCGCCGUCUGCUCCGACUUUGGCCACGACGACAGGGGCCCCCAGCAGGAGAACUACGGCUCCACGGCCACUGAGGACAUCGCCUGCCUGCAGUCGCUGUCGCGGAGAAUCCACUUUGGGAAGUUUGUGGCCGAGUCCAAGUUUCUUAAGGAGCAGGACAGGUUCACGGCCCUCAUAAAGGCCUGCGACCGCGACGGCAUCGGCCGUGCCAUCACCAACGAGGCCGUCGAAAAGCAGGUCCUCGAGCGGCUCAGGCUCAAGGCCGAAACCUACGGCAGGGAUCCCAGCACCCCGCAAAGCGAUAUCCCCAACAAAAUCAAUGUCGACGCCGUCGUCGCCAUGUACAAGGACUUUGUCAUUCCUCUGACCAAAGAGGUCGAGGUUGAAUACCUCAUGCAGAGGCUGGAAUGAAACGCUCCGGGCGGCGGCACUAGCUGAGCGACGGCUAGGGGCAAGGGAAUUCCAAGCGGGAAGGGUAAAACAAAACAAGAAUUAGAUCAUGCGCUUGUCCCACGCUUAUACGCGCGAAUUUUCGCCAUGGUUUUUUUCUUCAUUACACUUAUAGCCCACGCUCACAAAGGCGGGCUCAAGUAAUCGCUGAUGGCCUUGACUGCCCCCUCGAACUUGACCGCCUCAAUCAAAAUCAUGUGUCCCUGCGACUUGACCCCCAUCUCCUGGAACGCCCUCUUGCUGUCCGCCACGGCCUCGUCC